AUGGAGUGCUACCAUGAAAUUGAGGACUGCCACAGGUGUUAUGAGGAAAGAAUUGUAGCCUGUGAACUCAAAAGACGUAUAUUCGGCUUCAAUCGUCAAACCGUGAACUCAUCACUAGAGGGUGAUAUGAACCCUACAUCUCACCACAGAGUUCACAUCCCAUCCUCAGCUUUCAAAGGAGCUGCCACCACAGUGAUGGCUUCUGUUAUCAACAGCACUUAUUUUAAGCUGAGUCCUCCACAGAGAAAUAGAUUACAAUUCCACCGCAGAGAAGGCACUGUGCUCGGAGGAUUAGUCCUGGCCAUGAAGGCAGUUAACAUGACAGAAAAUGGUGAAAUCAUCAGAAAUCUCUUACAACCCAUCAUGUUAUUCUUCAAACACAACAAAAAGAUUACAGAUGGAACGUGUGUAUUUUGGCAGGAAUCAGACAAUGGAACAGGUUAUUGGAGUAUUGAAGGCUGCAAAACCAAUAAAACUGGAGAUGAAUUUAUUUGCAGCUGCGACCAUCUCAGUUUCUUUGCUGUUCUUGUGAACCCUGAGAUAUCAGUCACAAACUUGGAAGCGGAGAAGCUAAGCUACAUCACUUACAUUGGAUCAGCACUUUCAGUCGUCUUCACAUUCAUCAGCCUGAUCGUCUUCAUUUGGUUACAUCGGCGGUGUCCUGAGAAGGCCAUAGGUCUGCACAUGCAACUUACAGGGGCAAUGUUCUGCCUCCACCUCAGCUUCCUGCUGUGCAGUUUCUGGGAAUUGCUGAAGAAAAAUGAGGACAGCUCAAUUUGCCUGGUUCUUGGUCUCUUUCUACAUUGGUCUCUGCUGGCCACCUUGACCUGGAGUGCUCUGGAGGGGUUUCAAAUCUACCUUUUGCUCAUUCGGGUCUUUAAUAUCUAUAUCAGGAGAUACCUGCUCAAACUCUGCCUGGUUGGAUGGGGUUUUCCCACAUUUGUCGCAACAAUUUGUGGGAUUUCAGGUGUUUAUGGCAAGUACACUCUACAACUAAGGGAAGCCAAAAAUGGCAAUUCAACAGCACAAAUGUGCUGGAUUAGCAGCGACUUCCAAUCAAAGCGUCCUCUAGUCAGCUACAUCACUACCGUGGCCUUUCCUUUGUUGGUGGUCCUGUUCAAUGCCUGCAUGCUGGGGCUGGUUGUGUGUAAGAUGUGGAAAUUAAGAAGUGAUGAUAAGAAGAUGAGCUUUGGAAGCAGCAGUGACUGGAAGGAGAUAAACAAAGAGAAAAGAAAGAGGUUAUGGAGGGACUGUGUCACAGUGCUGGGUCUCAGCUUUGUGCUGGGGUUACCUUGGGGGUUGGCCAGCACUACAUACGUUUCACUCGCUGGGAUCUACAUAUUCACCAUUUUGAACUCCCUUCAAGGUGUAUUUAUAUUUCUUUGGUCUGUGGGUUUGGCCCGGAAGUCUUGAUCAGGCUAUGUUUCAUUAGUCAGAGACUCUUCAGAAAAUGAUGAACACCAGUUGCAGCAGCCAAUAGCCAGUAACAGCCAAGAUGUAUUAUCUAUGAUGCAUAUUAGGUGUUGACUG